AUGUGGCCAGGACAAAUUACUUAACUUCUCUUUUCUUUACCUUCUUUAUCUGUGAAGUGGAGGUAAAAUUACAUCUCCCCUUAAGAUUGUGGUGAGAUUGGUUACAUCUGAGGACUAGAUUGGGAAAGCCAGCAGAAUCGUGCCUGGAACAUGGAUAAAGACCUAGAAAUAAAUUUACUGGGUCAAGGAGUAUGCAAACAAGAUUCAAAGGCAAGAAAGCAAAAAGAGUUACUGUUUUGGGUCCCUUUCUCAAAACAGGAAAGUCUUCCCGGGAACCCCUCUCCCAGAACAUUUGUCCUUGUAUGUCAUGGACAGGAUUGAAUCACACGCAUAUGCAGAAACCAGAAGUAAUAUCUAUCCUGAAAUUGAUGAAUAUCACCAUACAUAUUUUGGAAUGUCAUUGCAUAGGGGGAAAUGGAGGCUAGAGACAAGCAAGUGCUUCGCUCCCUUCGCCUGGAGCUGGGUGCACAGGUACUGGUGGAGGGACUGGUUCUGCAGUAUCUUUACCAGGAAGGGGUCUUGACGGAAAACCACGUUCAAGAAAUCAAAGCUCAAGCCACAGGCCUCCGGAAAACAAUGCUGCUGCUGGAUAUCCUACCUUCCAGAGGUCCUAAAGCAUUUGAUGCAUUCCUAGAUUCCCUGCAGGAAUUUCCCUGGGUUAGGGAGAAGCUGGAGAAGGCAAGGGAAGAAGCCAUAACUGAGCUGCCUGCAGUUACUGGUAAUCUGGUACAGAUUAAACCCAGAAGGUCUAUCCAAAAAGCCACAGCUUCUGAGCACCUGACAGCCAUACACAGAACACAGCCACCUGACUCCGAAGAAGGCAGUGAAGAAGCAGAAAAUGACCAGAUAACUGGCAUCCCGCCGCACAUCCUCAACAGCUCUCCGUCGGACCGGCAGAUUAACCAGCUGGCCCAGAAGCUGGGCCCUGAGUGGGAGCCCGUGGUGCUGUCUCUGGGAUUGUCCCAGACAGAUAUCUACCGCUGUAAGGCCAAUCACCCCCAUAACGUGCAGUCACAGAUGGUAGAGGCCUUCGUCCGCUGGAGGCAGCGCUACGGGAAGCAGGCCACCUUCCAGAGCUUGCACAGGGGGCUCCAGGCUGUGGAGGCAGACCCCUCGGUGCUCCAGCACAUGUUGGAAUGAUGCUGCCUCCAUCAGCCUGCUGGGGAGUGCGUGCCCAAGUGACAUGUGCUGAAUCCUGACUUUCACCCAGGGCAGGUAGUUGUGGGGUUUUAUUUUUAUUUUUUGGUCUUUUGUUUUCAAUGAUACUUAGAUGAAGGGAGAAAAUAAGAUUUCUACUGGACAUUACUUGAAAGGCCAGAUUACUCAGUAGGUCUCCCACAUUGGCUUGAUAAUUCAUUGUUUCUAGUUCCUUGAAGAUUGCAUUGGUUUAAUUGUGUGGUUGCCUUUUAAUAAAUUGGUAAAUCAUAGUGGCUCAAAAAAAUAUACUGUGUUAUCACAUUAUAUGCAGGUGUCCAAUACAUAAAACAUCUACUUUCAUGUUAUCUGGGAACUGAACUGUGAACUUUGCUAUUAAUAAGGGUGAUAAUAAACAGUGAAUUACUAUGUAUAAUAUGAUCUACCUAUUCAUGAGAAAGUAUUGUUUUUUUUUUUUCUUAUUGCAUAGCUUAAGGGUAUAAAAUUACAGUAGUAAUCACUUUGGAACAAAAUUGAUAGUAGCAGCAAAAUUGUUACUUUCUCCAGUAAAGAUAAAUAGCUCAGGCAGGGUGUCUGAGUCAAAUUUAAGAUACUAAAGCUCCCUGCAAAGACAAGUUCAAGUACCAGCAUGCAUUCCUGAGCCCUUCAUCUUUAAAAGAUUACUUAAGAAAAUCCCAUGCCAUUUAUUUAAAGGAUUUAUUUGUGGGUCAAAGGCAGGUGUGGUCUUUCCACUGAAGCCAUAAUGAUUGAAGGAUUGUACUCCUAAGGAGUAUGACUAAGUCUUCUGACUUUUUAUUAAUAACAUGGUAUUUAUCAAAUGCUUUACUGUUUUCAAGGCUUUUCAUGUACGUGAUCUCAUUUGGACCUCACAAAAAUCCCUGCGAGGUAGUUGGGCAAUAGAGGUGAGCCUCCUUCUGUGUCGAGACUGGGUGAUUGCCUGGGGUGAGGGAGCCGGAGGGUGUCUUUGGAGCCCUGCUCCUGUGUGCCCUUUCUAGCUGCCCCCUGCUGCUUCUCCUUUCUCUUGUGUGUCUGUUGAACAGGGUGAAUCCUGCCUCCUGUGAGCAGCACCGCCCACGGUAGGUUACUUUGCUUCUCCAAGCCUUUAUGAAUGAGGAAACAGUUGUCCCCACCUCCAAGAUUUUUGUGAUAAUUAAAGGAAUAAUGUUUGCCAAGGGCUGGCCCAUAGUCAACUCUCAGGAAAUGACCACUGUUCAUUUGCUGCUGUGGCUGAACAUGGAUGCAGUUCACAGACAAAGCUGAAUAGUGGCUAAUGCUGAGGACUCUGUAGGCAGAAGUUCUGUUGCCAUGUUUCUUGCUAAGCUUUAAAAUGUGAUGUGAUUUUAUUAACUCUACAGUGGGUCUAAUCAGUAGGGGGACAGGUGAACUGUCUCAAUCUGUGGUCUGUCCUGAAUAAUUGGAGACUCUGCUUCCUAACCCUAAGCUAAAUCAGGAUUUUUCAAAGGUGGAAAAAUUAUACUUUCUACCUCUUUCCAUUCCAAGGACCAGUAUACAGAGUGGUAGAGUUGAAUGUGAAGUGGGUGCUAAAAAAGAUGACAGUGAUGUGUUGAUAACAUCCUUUCAUGUUUCUAGUAAUCAUAUUCUGUUUACUCAAAAAGAUCAGUUGCUUCAUGGUUGAACAAACAGUUCAGGAUGAUCUGCUAGCCUUCUCAACUCGAAUUUUUCUUUUUAUGUAGCCCAGCCAUUAAUUCAUUACCUUGUAAAAUUCUUGUAAUUUUGGCCCCAUUAUUGCACCCAGUGACAGACUGUACUUCUGUGGCAUCCUCACUAAACUGCUUGUCAUUUUGAACCUUGGACUUGUUAUGUUGCUAUUUAGUCCCCCUGGGUUUUGCUAAUAGAGUGUUUCUUUAGCUUUUGUUCUUACCACAUUUAUGGAUGAGUGAGUAUAGCCAGGCUCUGCUGCAUCUGACUAGAUGGCAUUUUAGAAGUGGGUCUGAUGAUUAGUUAGGUCAUCUUUAAAGAAUGGAUCAUGCACAAAGAUUUCUGUGUUUUGUCAGGAGUGAAGGAACAGUCUGUGAUGCACUUGCCCUCAAUGGACUUCCAGGGGCCCUUGGUGGACUGCCAGGGCCAUUAGAGAGUUCUGACUUGUUGCCUUAUAAGCAGGGUGUCUCCACCAUCAAAUGGCAGCCUCAUCAUCGAGGUUUGCUCAUUUGUUGCUGAAGAUUUACAUAAUGGAAGAACAGAGCAUCCUGAUCACUGCCUCAUUUCUACAUCUGGUUGCAAAGAGUGAUGACAUGGCAGCUGUCUACCUCCCAAGAGAAUUAGGAGGUGAUGUGCCUGCAAGGAGUCCAUGUGUUUUUGCAUGGGAGAAGAUUCUACAAAUCCAGAGAUUAGCUGCCCCCAAUAAAAUUCUGAGUGAAUUCAAUGAGGUGAUACAGCAUUUACAGGUGCUGUCAAAAAAGAAAAAACCACAGAAACCCUAAAAAAAGUCUUGGUCCACUUUGGUUUGGGGUGUGUGUAUGUGUGUACAUGUGUAAGUAUGCUCCCUAACUUUUUCAAAACUUUAACUUUUAUGAAUUUUCUCAGCACUGAAAUAGUGCAUGUUCACCAUAUCAGUCUGAAAAAAUGUCAGUGAGCAAGAGCAAAAAAAAAAAGAAUUACCUCUACUCCCAUCUUCCAAAGAUAACCACUGUUAUACCCCAGUUUUGGUCUCUAUCCUCCAGUUACUUCUUAUACCUACAUAUUCUCUUUAUAACAGUAGGACUGUAUCAAGUCAACUAACUACAAUAAGCACUUAAGGGAUAUACAAAAUAAAAAGAUGUCAAAUAUGAUGUCAAAACAUAAAACGUGGUGGGUUAGAAAUACAAUGUUCUUAGAAUACAUUAGAACUUAAGUGACUGUCAGCUUAAAGUGGACUGCUGUGUAUAUAGGAUUUAUAUAUGAACCUAAUGAUAUCUAAAAACCACAGUAGAUACACAAAAAAGUAAAGAGAAAAGAAUUCAAACAUAACACUAAAGAAAACCAUCACAGCACAAGGAACAGACCAAGAAAACAGAGAACUACAAAAACAACCAGAAAACAACAAAAUUUCAAUAAGUACAUACCUAUCAAUAAUAACCUUAAAUGUGAUUAGACUAAAUGCUCCAAUCAAAAGACAUAGGGUGACUGAAUGGAUAAAAAACAAAACCCAUCUGUAUGCUGCUUACAGGAAACUCACUUCAGAUUUAAAGACACACCCAGACAGAAAGUGAUGGAAAAGAUAUUCCAUGAAAAUGGAACAUAAUAAAGUUGGAGUAGCAAUACUUACCUCAGGGAAGUAAAGACUGACGCAGAAGACAAAGAAGGGUAUUACGUAAUGAUAAAGGGGUUGAUUAAAAAAGAGGAUAUAACCAUCAUAAAUAUUUAUGCACCCAAUAUAGGCUCACCUAAUAUGUAAAGCAACUAUUAAUUGACAUAAAGGGAGAAACUGACAGUAGUUAAAUAAUAGUAGGGAACCAAAGUCCCCACUUACAUUAAUGAAUAAAGUGUCCAGACAGAAAAUCAGUAGGAAAACACUGGCCUUAAAUGACACUCUAGACCAAAUGGACUUUAGUAUAUAGGUAUAUGUAUAUAGAUAUAUAGACUUUAUUCCAGGGAUGCAAGGAGAGUUCAGCAUCCAUAAAUCAGUAAACAUGAUAUAUAGACAUUAUAUAUGUAAAAUAUUUUAUCCAAAAUUGCAGAAUACACAUUCUUUUCGAGUACACAAGAAAUACUCUCCAGGAUAGAUCACAUUAGGCUACAAAAAAAGUCUCGAUAAAUUCAAGAAGAUUGAAAUCAUAUCAAGCUUGUUUUAUGACCACAGUAGUAAAAAAACAGAAAUCAAUUACAAGAAGAAAACUGGAAAAAACACAGACACUUGGAGCUAAGCAACAUGCUACUAAACAACCAGUGGGUGAAUUAAGAAAUCAAAAAGAAAAUGAAAAAAUACCUUGAUAAAAAUGAAAAUGAAAAUACAACUUUCCAAAAUUAUGGGAAGUAGCAAAAGCAGUUACCAGAAGGAAGUUCAUAGUGAUACAGGCCUAUCUCAAGAAACAAGAAAAAUCCCAAGUAAGCAACCUAACAUUAUACCUAAAGGAAAUAGAAGAAGAAGAACAGACAGAGCCCAAAACUAGUAGAAAGAAGGAAAUAAUAAAAUUCAGAGUGGAAAUAAAUUGAAAUAGAGACUAAAAGGAAAAGAUUGAUGAACCUAAAAGCUUGAUCUUUGAAAAAAUAAACAAAAUCAUUAACUUCUAGCUAGACUAAUCAAGACAAAAAUGAGAUGGUGCAAAUAAAUAAAAUCAGAAAUGAAAGAGAAGUUACAACUGACACCACAGAAAUACAAAGGAUCUUAAGGUUCUAUGAAAAAUUAUACAACAACGAACUGGAAAACUUAGAAGAAAUGCAUAAGUUCCUAGGAACACAUAACCUUCUCAGACGGAAUCACAAAGAAAUAGAAAAUCUGCACAGACCAGUUGUAAGUAAUGGAAAUAAAUUAGUAAUUUUAAAACUCCCAAAAUACAAAAUCCCAGGACCAGAUAGCCUUACAGGUGAAUCCUACCAAAAAUUUUAAAAGAAGAGUUAGUACCUAUUCUUCUCAAACUACUCCAAAAAAUGAAGAGGAAGGAACACUUUCAAACUUAUUUUAUGAGGCCAGCAUUACUCUGAUACCAAAACCAGACAAAGAUACGACAAAGAAAGAAAAUUAUAGGCCAAUCUCCCUGAUGAAUAUAGCUGUAAGAAUCAACAAAAUAAUAGCAAGCCAAAUUCAACAGUACUUUAAAAGGAUAAAACACAAUCAAGUGGGAUUUAUUUCAGGGAUUCAAGGAUAGAUCAACAUCCAUAAAUCAAUCAACAUGAUAUAACACAUUAACAAAAGGAAGUAUAAAAAUCAUCUAAUCAUCUCAAUAUAUGCAGAAAAAGCCCUUGACAAAAUUCAGCAUCCAUUUAUGAUAAAAACUCUCAACAAAGUAGAUAUAGAAGAGCAUACCUCAGCAUUAAUAAGGGCUGUAUAUAACAAACUCAUAUCUAACAUGUUCUACAGUGAAAAGCUAAAAGCUUUUCCUCUAAGAUCAAGAACAAGACAAGGAUGCCCAUUCUCACCACUUUUAUUCAACAUAGUGUUGUAAGUGUUAGCCAUAGCAAUUAGGCAAGGAAAAGAAAAAAAUGUCAUCCAAAUUGGAAAGGAAAAAGUAAAACUCUAUUUGCAGAUGACAUGAUACUAUAUAUAAAAACCCUAAAGACUCCACCCAAAACUAUUAGAAGUAAUAAAGGAAUUCAGUAGUCACAGGUUACAAAAUUAACAUAAGAAAUCAGUUGUGUUUCUAUACACUAGUAAUUGGUUAUCAGAAUGAGAAAUUAAGAAGAGAACUGGAUUUAAAAUUGUGUCAAAAAUAUGAAUGGAAUGGUUAAAGAACAUAUGGUACAUACACAGUGAAAUAUUAUUCAGCUAUAAAAAGAAAACAAAUCCUACCAUUUGCAACAACAUGGAUGGAGCUAGAGCAUAUUAUGCUCAGUGAAAUAAGCCAGGCAGAGAAAGACAAGUACCAAAUGAUUUCACUCAUUUGUGGAGUAUAACAACAAAGCAAAACUGAAGGAACAAUGAUAGACAGUGACUGCAAUGGGGGAGGGAGUGGGGAGUUGAUAAUAUGAGUAAAUGUUGAAACCACAAUGUUCAUGUGAAACCUUCAUAAAAUUAUAUAUCAAUGAUACUUUAAUAAAUAAAUUGGAUUAAAAAGAAUAAAAUACCUAUGAACAUAUUUAACCAAGUUGGUGAAAGACCUAUAUUCUGAAAACUAUAAGACACUGGUGGAAGAAAUAGAAGAUCACACAAAUAAAUGGAAAGAUAUUCCAUUAUCCUGAAUUAGAAGAGUUCAUAUUGCUAAAAUGUCCAUAUUACCUAAAGCAAUCUACAGAUUCAGUGCAACCCCCAUCAGAAUACCAAUUUUUCACAGGAGGCAAAGACUCCUAAAAUUUGUAUGGAACCACAAAAAAACCCAAAUAGCCAAGCAAUCACGAGAAAGAACAAAGCUGGAUGUAACAUGGCCCCUGAUUUCAAACUAUACUACAAAGCUAUAGUAAUCAAAAUAGUAUAGUACUGGCAUGAAACCAGACAUAUAGAUCAAUGGAAGAAACAGGGAGCCUAGAAAUAAACCCAUGCAUAUGUAACCAACUAAUCUAUGAAAAAGGAGCAGGAAUAUACAAUGGGGAGAAAGACGGUCUCUUCGAUAAAUGGUGCUAGGAAACCGGACAGCUACAUGCAAAAGAAUGAAACUAGACCACUUUCCUAGACCAUUUACAAAAAUAAAUUCAAAAUGGAUUAAAGACUUGAAAUUAAUAUCUGAAACUAUAAAAUUUCUAGAAGAAAACAUAGGCAGUAAGCUUUUUGACCUAAGUCUUAGCAGUAUUUUUUGAACUAGUGUCCUUAGGCAAGGGCAGCAAAAGCUAAAUAAGCAAAUAAGAUUACAUCAAACUAAAAAGCUUUCACACAGCAAAGGAAACCAUCAAAACAAAAAGGCCAUGUACUAAAUGGGAGAAUAUAUAUGCAAAUCAUACAUCUGAUAAGUGGUUAAUGCCCAAAAUAAAGAAAGAACUUACAACUUAAUAUCAAAGAAAAAAAUCAUUUAAAAAUGGGCAGAGAUAUUGAAUAGACGUUUUUCCAAAAAAGACAUAUAGAUGGGCAUCAAGCAUGUGAAAAACAUGCUCAACAAUACUAAUCAUUAGGGAAAUGCAAACAACAAUGAGAUAGAUAAUCACCUCACACCAGUCAGACUGGCUAUUAUCAAAAAGACAGAAAAUAACAAGAUUUGGUGAAGAUGUAGAUAAAAAGGGACCCUUACACACUGUUGGGAAUGUAAAUUGGUGCAGCCACUAUGGAAAACUGUAUGGAUUCCUCAAGAAGUUAAAAACAGAGCUACCAUAUAAUCCAGCAAUUCAAUUUCUGGCUAUUUAUCCAAAGAAAAUGAAAACCAAUUCAAAGAGAUAUAUGCACCCCUAUGUGCAUCGCAGUAUUAUUUACAUAGCCCAGAUAUGGAAACAGCAGAAGUGUCCAUCAAUAGAUGAAUAGAUAAAGAUGUGGUAUAUUUAUACACUGGAAUGAAUGUUAGCCAUAAAAAAAUGAAAUCUUGCCAUUUGCAAAAACAUGGAUGGACCUACAGGGUAUUAUGUUAAGUGAAAUAAGUCAGACAAAGAUAAAUACUGUAUGGUUUCUCUUAUAUGUAGAAUCCAAAAAACAAAACAAAUGAACAAGCAAAAUAUAACAGAAAUGGCCUUAUAGACACAGGAAAUAAACUGUUGGUUACCAGAGCAGGGAUGGGUUGCAGGAAGGCAAAGUUGGUGAAAAGGAUCAAGAGGUACAGACUUCCAGUUUGAAAACAAGUAAGUCAUGGGAUGUAAUGUACAGCACAGGGAGUAUGUCAGUACUGUUGUAAUAUCUUUGUAUGGUGACAGAUGAUAACUACACUUAUCGUGGUGAUCAUUUCAUAAUGUAUAAAAAUAUUGAAUAUGCUGUACACCUGAGACUGAUAGGAUACUGUUUCUCAACUGUACUUCAAUUUUUUAAAAAGGAAUUGUAUUAUAUUGCUGUUUUACAGGUUUUCUUAUUUAACAUACAACUAUCUUUCCAUGUCAUUAAAGAUUCUACUGUA